AGGAACUUAUUUUUUCCAAUAUGGCUACCAGAGAACAGGUUCAUAAUUUUCCUUUAAAUAGUAAUUUAUUGAUGAUUACAGGAUAGCACUGGAAAAAUUUAUUAAAGGUGGGAAAAUGACAGAAAGUAUCACCUUGUAUGUAGAGAAGAGUCAAAAACCAAAAGAAAACACAAGUCUACAGCAUAAGGUUAAUUCACAUGAUACUAAAGACAUGGAAAAUGACAUUGAAGAGGAUAAAGUCAACAAAUCUACGAACAUGGAAGAAAGUGGUAAAAUGACAAAAAAAAGUGACAAAACCACUACAGAGUCUAUAAAUAUAAAUCAGAAAAAAUUAUCCAAAAACAAUGGGGAGGAAUUUAUUGAACCAACUAGGGCUAAUGUUAACUGUGAUAAUUCUGUAAACAGCAAGACACUGAGUAAAGUAAAAACGAGAAAUAAAAACACUUUCCUUAGAAAGUCUAAAUCAUGUCUAGAGAUGAAAACCACUGAAGAAGAAACUCUCCCACAUUCAAAAUCUUUCAGUGGAAAGCCAUUACAUGUUUGCAGUAGUCAAGUGUCCAUUCCUGAAUGUGAUGGUGACAAUUCCAACCAAAUAGUUCAAUGUAACAUCUCUUUAACAACCACAGAGAGAAAUACACAAUCAAGUGACAAAAAUGAUGAUUUAACAAACACUGAAAACAACAGUGAGGUGCAUACUUCAGGUUCAUCAUCUAAUCUGCAGCUCUUUGGAAAUCAACACAACACUAGUCAUCAAUCACAACAAGAUGGGAAGCUUCAGCAUCAACCUCAUCAUCAUCAAAAUCAGCAACAGCAACAGCAAGAAAAUCAAAAACAGCAGUCGAAACAUCAGACUCAUCAGCAGCUGUCAAAACAACAACCUUUACAACCAGAACUAGAACAAAAUAAACAACAGAUUAUUCAACAAAAUUUGCCACAAAAAGUACCACAACUGGUGUUAAAUGACCUUCGAAAGGAGCAACAACACAAAAAGUCACAUCUACUUCUAGCUAACACAGGAACAGAUCCAACAUCAACAGAAACAGAAGCAAUUUCAACUAGCACUAUAAUCACAUCAACAACAAUUACUACCAGUUCAACAGAAACUGCUGCAACAUCAUCACUAGCUGUAACCUUAAAACAACAAGUACAACCAUUGUCCCCACUACAUCCCAAUCAGUAUGAGAAAGGUUAUGUGUCAACAAGAGGUUUUCAUUCUCCGUUUUCACCUCCAACCCCAUAUAUGUGUGACUACUCAACAUGGCUACCACAAAAGUGGCAAGGUACGAAAGUCGAACAGUUCCAUGAUGAUCAACCAUCUUUAAACCAGUCUGAAGCUAAAGAAACAACCACUAAUAUUUCUACUGAAGCAGGUCUGACUGAUGAUGGGUUAACAAAUGGUAAACAAGCAGAGCCAAAGACUGUAGUACGUAAAGCACCUACAGGAACUACAUGUAUAUCAGAAAUGUCUAGGUCAAUAGUUCCAUGCAAUAACCAAUCACGAUCUGUAACUACAUCAUCAUCAGCACCAGCAGCAACAACAGAUUUUGAAGCUUCUGCACCACAGAAAACAACACCCACCUUCAAUCUGAAUGACCUUGGCUCAAGAGAAAUUCCAAUAUCUAGAGAACUUUCCAUCAUAGAGAAUUCAUCUGUUUCUUCAGCCUCCCCAGAUGUUGAUUAUGUUUCAAUACAGUAUUCUGCUUCAUCCCCACAACUUUCAUCUAUGCAAUCUUCGGCAACAUUGUCAUCACUAUCAUCAAUGUCUUCUAUAGAGUCUUCAACAUUACCUUCAAAUUCAUCAAAUUCAUCAUUGGGGUCUUCAGCAUUACCUAGGCUGUCGUCAGUACAGACUUCAAGGCCAUCAGCAAGAAUCUUACCAACAUUAAGCUCUUCAGGUUCCAUUUCCAAGAAAGAAAAGCGGAAGGACUUCAUACUGCUAAAUGCCGAAGCUGAUCAAGAGGAGGCUGAACAGUGCAGAGAUCAUUUGAAAACAGAUAUUGGAAUACCUGAUCUCACUAUUGACUUAUUUUGUGAAAUUGACAGUGGACAGACUGCGAUGAUGAGUUUGGAAACAUUGCAUGAUAGAUACAAUAACAUUCUAAUACUAGGUACUAAAAAUUUAGAGGGAGACAAGUAUUCCAGGUUUCUUAAUGAAAAUCUUUUAACUACAGGACUACAAGACGCAAAUGGGAAAGAGGAUAGAGUCAUUCCAGUCUGGACAAGCAAAGAUUGCAAAGGCAAAAUAACAGAGUUCAGAAUUAUAAAAGGAUUUGAAUAUUACAGCUUUUUGUCAGAUAAAAGUUCUACUAGAGCCACUUGUUACAUUCAGUGUGUUAAAAAUACUGUCAAAGAAGGACGAAAAAAUUCUAGAUAAGGCCCUAUCUCAUUCUGUAUCAUGACUUAAAUAUUUUUGUGAAUGAUAACACAACAAUUUAGUUUGUUUUAGUCCAUUUCUACAACUGGCUUUUUGUUACUGAGAUUGAUCUGGAUUUAACAUCAUUUUUCGCUUUACUUCAGAUAUGUACUGGCAAUCAGCUAACCAAAAGUCUGAGAUUCCAUACCUGUAAGACAACAAUUAUGAUAAACAUAUCAAAUUGACUGCUUACCAUAUAUAAACUGCAAAUUCUACAUGAAAAUAAGUCAAAGUCAAGGGAAUAUUCGCACCAGAGACUGGUAGCUAGACUGGUAGCUUAAAGGCCACAGCAGUCAUAUCACCCGACACUAUCAUCACAUCAUCAACAACUGCUGGGACAUCAAAACAACAACAGCCAUCACCACCACAUCUGAAACAAGUUUCACCAUCACCACCACAUCUGAAACAAGUUUCACCAUCACCACCACAUCUGAAACAAGUUUCACCAGUGUUUGUACCAGCUGAAGGUUUUCACUCACCAGUUACCCAUAAAAUCCCAUAUAUACUUUACAACUUAAAAUUGCUACCACAUAUGUGGCAAGUUACGAAAAGUUAAUUAAUUCCAUCGUGAUCAACUGUCUUUCAACCAGCUUAAAGCUAGGAAACUUUUGCAGAAAACAGGUUUAGUUGCUAAUUCCCAAUCAGAACCAAAAACUACAGUUUGUAGAUUCAAUAGUGCCUGCAUCUGAAAUUCCAAGACUGAAACUUCAAACAAUAGGCAGUUUCAUUUUGCUACUUUAUCAUCAUCAGCAUCAACAUCAUCAGCAGCAACAACAGCUUCAGAAUUUGUAACAGUAACAGGUUUUAAGGAUAUCUACUACAAAAUACAACACCAACCUCUUGGUUCAAGAGAUGUUCUAGUAUCCAGAGAUGUUUCUGUCAUACAGAAUUCACUAGAAUCCACAGAUACUAAUUACGUUUCAAUAACGCAUUCUUCUUCAUCUGUAUAAUUUUCAUCUUUGAAAUCUUCAGCAACACUCUCAUCAAUCAACAUGUUUACAGAGUCAUCAGCAUUACCUGCAAAGUCAUCAAGUUUAUCAUUGGAGUCUUCAACAUUGCCUAGAUUGUCAUCAGUACAUACUUCAAUUCCAUUAUCUAUAAUCUCACCAACAUGAAGCUCAGCUGAAAGUGGGAUUCUGUACUACUUAAUGCUGAAAUGAAUCAGGAAGAGACUCAACAGUACAGAGAUCAUCUGAAAAAAAGAUGCAGGCAUAAAUAACCUGACUCAUGAUACUAUUUAGUGAGAUCAACAGAAGACAUACUGCUGAGUUUGGAAGCAUUGCAUGAUGGACACAAUGAACUUCUAGUAUUUGUGACUUAAUAAGUUCUCUAGCAUUCUGACUGAUUAAUAUUCUUACCAACAGAUUAGGACACACAAACAGCAAAGAGGAUUUAAAACUUCAAAAUAUAUGUAGAAAAUUCAGCAAAUAAAAAAAGAUAGGUU